AUGUGGUAUUAUAACAUGCCAAGUAGGGCUUCAGGCCCCCUCUUAAAUGUGUAUAGGCCCCCUCUUAAAUUUGACUGUCACUUAGGGACUCCUUUCCCUGAGAAGAAGCUGAGGCUGGGAUAUACAAUGACUGUUGGAUCACGUGUGGUGGUGAUAGACAAUGGGGGUGGCCUUCUCAAGGCUGGCUUUGGCGGAGACAAUGAUCCAAUUGCUGUUGUCCCCAACUGUAUGGCCAAACCCCCUGGUGGUAAUGCUAAUUCCAAAAAAUGGCUGGUUGCUGAUCAGCUGCAGGCAGAAGAUGUCGAUGUGACUGGCAUGACACUGAAGCGUCCUAUUGAUCGUGGCUAUCUUAUCAAUACCGAGGUGCAGAAGGAGGUGUGGGAACGGGUUUUAUGCAAUCUUCUCCAGGUUGAUCCUACCAACUCAUCCCUGUUACUGGUGGAGCCAUUGUUUAACCCUCCAGCGCUGCAACAUGCAACUGACGAGCUGGUGUUCGAGGAGUUUGGUUUCAACUCUCUUUGUGUUGCAGAUGGUCCUUCCCUUGUCCACCUUUAUGAGGCUAGCCGCCAACCAAUGUUCUUUCGUGCCCAGUGCAGCCUUGUUGUUGACUGUGGCUUCUCUUUCACCCACGCGUCCCCUGUGCUUCAGAACUUUACUCUGAAUUAUGGCGUUCAGCGUAUGGACCUUGGUGGCAAGGCCCUUACAAACUAUCUCAAGGAGCUUGUCUCAUAUCGUUCCCUUAAUGUCAUGGAUGAAACUCUCCUCAUUGAUGAUGCAAAGGAAAAGCUAUGCUUUGUCUCGCUUGAUGUCCCAGGUGACCUUCACCUUGCCAGAUUAUCAUUUAAGGACAACCCUUUUAGGUGUUCUUACAUUCUCCCCGAUGGUAUAGCAUACAAGAAAGGGUUUGUCAAGGACAUGGAUGAAGCACUUAGAUAUCGCUCUCUGCCUCUUGAUGAAGAAGCAGAGAAAAAAGAACAUGGCAUGGAUAUAAAUAAGUCGGAGGAUCGGAAAAAGCCAGAAUUAAGUCAAAAUGAAUUUGUAUUGACAAAUGAAAGGUUCCUUGUCCCGGAGAUGUUUUUUCAUCCAAUCGAUCUUGGCAUAAAUCAAGCUGGACUUGCUGAGUGUAUAGUUCGUGCUGUACAAGCUUGCCAUCAAUAUCUUCAACCUGUGCUUUUUGAGAGCAUCAUCUUGACAGGCGGAAGCACACUGUUCCCCAGAUUCACUGAUAGACUGGAGAGGGAACUUCGGCCUCUUGUCCCUGACAACUACAAGGUUAAAAUAACUCGUCAAGAGGACCCAAUUCUUGGUGUCUGGAGAGGCGGAUCUAUUCUGGCAUCAACUCCUGAUUUCGAAUCAAUGUGCAUUACAAAGUCUGAGUACGAGGAGAUGGGAUCAGCAAGGUGCCGACGAAGGUUUUUCCACUGA